AUGGGCAAGUCGAGAACGCCUACUACAGUUGCACAUCUCGUCUCAUCAUCUCGCAAGUCUAGAAAUACGUCCAACACCCAGGAAUCCACCGCUACGGGAUCUGAGACCUUACUACAACUGUCUGACGAAGUAUCUGUCAAUAGUUCUCAGGAAUAUCCCAUAAAGAGUAUUAUUGACGAAUCCCGCGACAGGUAUCUCAUUGCCUGGGAAGGCCCGUACGAACCAACCUGGGAACCCAAGCAUUUUGCAAACGACGUUGCAAUUCAGAUCUGGGAGAAUAAGAAGAAGAGGACAGAUAGUGUUGCCUAUAAACGUGGUGGCUCUGACCAACACUCCUCUUUACAGUCUCCUUCCGCAACCUCUGUUGCUGGUCCACCUUCCACGGUACCAGAAACUCAACAGACAGGCCUUAGUCAAAAUUCUGUGCUUUCAACUGCAGCUGCGGGCAGUCAAUUUUCUUCAAAUCCUUCUCAAGAUUCUGAAGCAAGCGGCAGUUUGUACUAUCCAGACACCUCUGAUCAGGCCACCCAGUCAAGCAGUGGUGCCUCAGCCCAAAGCCAGCAUCAAAACUUGACCAGGGGUGCAAUUCAACUUUGUUCAAUCCAGUCGAGGCGCAAUCACACCUUAUCGACACAAAUUGAACCAAGCCCUACUUCAGGAUCGCUGCAAUCUCCAAGCCAUUGCUCCCUUCAAUUCAUUCGACCUAAUACUCGCAGUGAGCUAUUGACCCGAUUUCGACGGCCCGCACGUCACAAUAGACUACAAGCUUCGCACAAUAGUUCAUCUCCAAGCUCGUCUACAAACCCUUUAGAAACUAACUCUACCUCAAAAAACUCCUCGGGCAUCUUUCGAUUUCAGGGCACACACGCCUACCCGACAAGCUGCGAAGGGGAUCACUCCUUGGGGUACGCAAAUUUCCACUCAAACAACAUUGGAACUGAGAUUGAGAUAGCGGAGACUCCACCAGCACGCCUCUCGCUGUAUCACAGCCAGAGCGCUAGCCAAUCUCACCCAUCACUUAGCCCAUCCACUUUAUCUCGCGUUUCAACUCACCAUUCUCCCUCGCAAGCCCCUUUAUUCAACGAUAGUUUUGUACAUAAAACACCUAUUCGCCAGAUAGCACUUCCUUUAAGCAAUACUGUCCCCGAAAGUCUAGAGCGGGGUAUUUCCACUCAAUCCCCGACACCCUCGAUCGGGCAAAACCCUUGUUCCCUUGCUGGAAAUUCUAGUAGCAUAUCCGUAUCCAUGUCAGCACAGCUACCCAGUAACAGCGACGCAUCGCAACCUGCAAAUAUUCCACAGAGUUCCAUCAUCAACAUGGAUGAAUCAUCGCCUACUAGCGGGACACCGAACCCGUCCAUGACUAUGGAGGAAGCACGACGUAAUAAUCCAGGGACGAACUUUCGCGAGAAAAUGAGAUUUAUUCGUGCCCAUGAGCGCUCUCUCGCCGGAGAACCACAGAGCGUUAGUGCAAGCGUAACACCAUCAUCUGCUAGCGAUAUUGAACCAUCACAUCCAGCUCCUGCCAGAGAUGCGGUAUCCCCCCUUAAUAUCCGCGUGGAUCAGGAGCCUCAUACUCAUCCACCACACGUCAUGACAACGGCCGAACCGCCCCCCACAUUUAUUGCACCCCAGGCUCUACAUUACAAUGCGGAACAUCCAGUUACUGUCGCGGAAUUACUCGCAGAGUCGCAGCCAAACCUUGCUGGUGAGGUAGAACUUCCAGAAGUUUCAGCAGAUAUAGUAGCCGAGCCAGUAGCAGGAUUCGAGGCAACCGUGGCCUCAAUUGAAGAGGUGCCGGAACCGCAGCCUGUUGGCAUCAACCUGGGACCCAUGGAAUUCGCUGUUCCUCUCUCUAUGGACUCUAGAGUAAAGGAUGACUAUGAUGUCACCCUUUCCGCAGAGAGCAGAACGAUUGGAAAAUUUUUGGCGGAAUCUUCGUCGUUGGGAACCGAUAUGAGCAGCUCUACUCCGGAGUAUGAUACCCAAAUCUCGAGAAUGCUGAAGUUGGUCAAUAAACUGAAUAAUAUAACAACACAUCCUGACCUCAAUGACCAACCCGCGGCGCCCGGUGCGAAUCCAGUCAAGGAGGCGGCGUGGGCGGAAUACUCGAGUACAAAAUUUCAAUUUCUAGGUUUCCUAAUUGACGCAGCCGUAAAUGAUGAUUUGCAUAUUAUCAUCGUAGCACGAAGCGACAAAGCUGUCAAGCUUGUGGAAAAUUAUUUGAUGGGCAAAGAAUUUAUCAAUACUCAACCGGCGACGGAUAGGUCGGCUGAUCUUGAAUUAUCUCUCUGCAAAGGGCAGCUCAGCUUUGCGAUUCGGUCAGCGACUGAUAACAGAGUACUUCAACCAUUUAAGCCCCCGGCUGCGAUUAUUGCUCUCGAUAAUUCUUUCGACGCGGAGGAUCCUGUCAUCCGCCAAAUACGCACAGAAGCGUCUCCGAAUGGGCAACUUUUGCCUGUUAUUCGCCUGCUUGUUUCUAACACUGCAGAGCAUGUCGAACGAUGUUUGCCAGACACAUCAAACAUCAACAGGCUUCGCCUUCUUGUCAAGUAUACGCGAGACUUCAGUAGUACCGCUGGAGAGCUUCAAGAUGAUGCGCUAGGAGUACAAGAAAACGCAGAGGAGGUUUUCCUUUACUUGAAAAUGGACCCUGCUACGCGUGUGUGGCCGCUUGCAGCGGUUGAAUUAAUACCAAUAGAGACACUGGACGUCUCUCCUGCUACUCUGGAAGUAGAGGAGCUUCGAUCUAUGUCAUCUUCACGACAGAAGCGGUUGUUGGAGAACGAUGAGGAUGAGGCUAGUAAUCAAACAAAAAGGCAGCGCAUGACCCCUUUCCAGGAUAUCACACACAUUAGCGACUCGAUGCAGGGCCAAACACAGUCGCAGGACGGAGGAGAUUCUCGGCUUAGCGAACGAAGUUUAGUCCAAGCGAAAAACGCCAUGGAAUUCGAAGUUAACCAGCUACAAACUGCUUUGGAAAAGGUUCAAACGAAUCUUCAAACCACGGAGAAGAGUUUCUCUCAACUACAACAUCGAUACGAAAGCCGCCUAAACAAUUACCACAAAUUACGCAAAGAACUAGAGCAAGCCCUCGAAGUUUCCAAGACGUCCUCCGAGCGUCUCGAACGGCAGAAGAUUGAGAUAGCCAAACUCAAAGACGAGAAAGCCACCUUAGUCAAAGAUCUUGAUGAAGCUAGAACCAUCAUCAAGGAGGGAGGAGGCACGGAUGCGGAGUUAGAGAAAGCCCGAGAGGAAAUACGCCGCCUGACAAAGGAAAAUACCAGCCUCCAACGCACAGUCCAGCAAGAGCGCUCGCAGACAGAAUAUACAAGGCAACAAUACCAAAACGCCUCCACUGCCGCCGCGCAAUCAGCCAUGGAACUGCGCCAACUCGAAGAGGAGCUGGGCGAGCUAAAAGCCAAGGCCGCAGGCGACCUGACGAAGUUGAAAAGGCUACGCCUGCAGAACGACGAGCAAACGCAUCUGACGCGGAUUAAGGAACUCGAAGUAACGUUGGCGCAACGGGAUGAGAUGUUGAACCGCAAGGAGGAGGAGUUGCGGGAGUUGAAGAAGAAUCGGCCGUCGACUCGUGCGACGAGUCUGCAGCCGCGUAGCCCGAAGUGGGGGGCUAGUCGGCCCGCAAGCCCGGGGGCGAAUAAUGUUGGUGGCGGUAACAUGCGGGGUAGUGCGUUGAGGUAUCCGUGCUGA